AUGGGUCAAUCGCGACGUCCUGCCGGUGGUGAGAAGCGUAGUCGCGGCUUUGGCCGGUCCAAGGGCGAUGCCGACGUGGGCGACGGUCGAAAAACCAGAGGAAAACCACAGGUCAAGAAGGCUGCGUUUGAGAGUACGAAGAAGAAGGAGAUUGGUGUCUCAGAUCUUACACUGUUGAGCAAAGUGUCCAACGAGGCUAUCAACGACAAUCUCAAGUUACGUUUUGAGAACAGGGAGAUUUAUACAUAUAUUGGUCAUGUCUUGGUCUCUGUCAACCCGUUUCGAGAUUUGGGUAUAUAUACCGACCAAGUCCUCGACUCCUAUCGUGGCAAGAACCGACUCGAAGUGCCCCCGCACGUAUUCGCCGUCGCCGAAUCUGCAUACUAUAAUAUGAAGGCUUACAAAGAUAACCAAUGUGUGAUAAUCUCAGGAGAGUCUGGAGCCGGAAAGACAGAAGCCGCCAAACGGCUAAUGCAAUACAUCGCAAGUGUGUCGGGUGGUUCUGAUUCAUCUAUUCAGCAAACCAAGGAAAUGGUUCUGGCAACAAACCCUCUUCUAGAAUCGUUCGGUAAUGCAAAGACAUUGCGAAACAACAACUCGUCGCGAUUCGGUAAAUAUCUCGAGUUAGAGUUCAAUGCUCAGGGCGAACCAAUUGGAGCCAAUAUCACGAAUUACCUUUUGGAAAAGACGAGGGUGGUCGGUCAGAUUACGAAUGAACGAAACUUUCACAUUUUCUAUCAGCUCACCAAGGCUGCGCCCCAGGAGUAUCGAGAUAACUUCGGAAUCCAACAGCCUCAGUCGUAUCUUUACACGAGUCGCUCGAAAUGCUUUGAUGUGCAGGGUAUUGAUGAUGCCUCCGAUUUCGCAGAGGUUCUUGAGGCCAUGCGAAUCAUCGGGCUGACACAGAGUGAAAAAGAUAAUAUUUUCCGCAUGCUUGCUGCCAUCUUAUGGUUGGGUAAUGUGCAAUUCACGGAAGACGACGAAUCCCACGCAUCAAUUACCGAUCAAUCUAUUGUCGAUUUCGUGGCAUACCUUCUUGAAGUUGAUUCUGCGCAGGUCAACAAGGCUCUUACGAUUCGUGUCGUUGAGACUGCUCGCGGCGGUCGACGAGGCUCGAUAUAUGAGGUUCCAUUAAAUAGAGUGCAAGCUAACGCUGUGCGAGACGCCUUGGCAAUGGCUAUCUAUUUCAACUUGUUCGACUGGAUCGUCGAUAGGCUGAAUCAGUCAUUAAAGGCAAAACAAGCCGUGACAAACUCGAUCGGUAUUCUUGAUAUUUAUGGAUUUGAGAUCUUCGAAAAGAACUCGUUCGAGCAAUUGUGCAUCAACUACGUGAAUGAAAAGCUACAGCAAAUCUUUAUCCAGCUGACGUUGAAAGCCGAGCAGGAGGAAUAUGCGCGAGAACAAAUUCAAUGGACGCCGAUCAAGUACUUCGAUAAUAAGGUCGUCUGUUCCUUGAUUGAGGACAAGCGACCCCCUGGUGUUUUUGCGGCGCUUAACGACGCUUGUGCAACGGCACACGCAGAUUCAUCGGCAGCUGACCAAACUUUUGUCGGACGUCUCAAUUUCCUUGGCCAGAACCCUAACUUCGAGAAUCGACAGGGACAGUUCAUCAUCAAGCACUAUGCUGGUGAUGUCAGCUACUCGGUGGAAGGAAUGACCGAUAAGAACAAGGAUCAGUUGCUCAAGGAUUUGCUCAAUUUGGUUGGAUCCUCAAGCAACGACUUUGUACAUGUUUUGUUCCCGAACCAAGUGAACCAAGACGACAAGCGACGGCCACCUACCGCUGGUGACAAAAUCAAAGCUUCUGCAAACGACCUCGUCACUACACUGAUGCGAUGCCAACCUUCGUACAUUCGAACCAUCAAACCUAAUGAGAACAAAUCGCCCACUGAGUAUAACGUUGCGAACGUGCUCCACCAGAUCAAGUAUCUUGGUCUGCAAGAGAACGUUCGUAUUCGACGAGCGGGUUUUGCAUAUCGUCAGACAUUUGACAAGUUCCUUGAGCGAUUCUAUCUGUUGUCUAAGCACACUUCGUACGCUGGUGACUACACAUGGACGGGAGAUGCGGAGUCUGGUGCCAGGCAGAUUCUAAAGGACACGGGCAUUCCACCUGAAGAAUAUCAAAUGGGUGUGACAAAAGCGUUUAUUAAGACCCCCGAGACAUUGUUUGCUCUUGAACAUAUGAGAGACCGUUACUGGCACAACAUGGCCAUUCGUAUCCAACGGGCAUGGCGCAACUACCUGCGUUAUCGUAUCGAAUGCGCGAUCAGAAUCCAACGUUUCUGGCGUCGGGUGACUGGUGGCUUGGAGUUUAUUAAAGUGCGAGACCAAGGUCACAAAUUGUUGCAGGGUAGGAAAGAACGUCGUCGUAUGAGUUUGCUUGGCUCUCGACGAUUUAUGGGAGAUUAUAUUGGCGUUGGAAACAGUGGUGGUCCUGGUGAAAUCAUCCGGAGUAGCGCCGGCGUCAAUGCUUCCGACAAAAUCCUCUUUUCAUCGCGCUGCGAGCUUCUGGUGGCCAAAUUUGGCCGUUCCAGUAAACCCAUGCCUCGUAUCCUCGUUAUGACUUCUCGCAAUAUCCAUAUCAUCGUUCAAGCGAUCGUCAACAAUCAACUUUCCAUUUCAUCGGAGCGAACGAUUUCCCUUGGAGCUAUAAAAUAUAUUAGCACUACGAAUUUGAAGGACGACUGGUUCUCGAUAGUUGUUGGCUCACAAGAACCCGAUCCGCUCCUUAAUUGUGUCUUCAAGACUGAAUUCUUCACCCAUCUGAAUACCACUCUCAGGGGACAGCUGACCUUGAAGAUUGGGGAGACAAUUGAAUAUAAUAAGAAGCCCGGAAAACUGGCCACCGUCAAAGCUGUUAAAGACCCUGCUGUUCCUCGCGACGAUGUUUACAAGAGUGGCAGCAUUCAUACAGGACCUGGCGAACCUCCUAACUCCGUCUCCAAACCUACACCACGACCCAAGCCUGUUGCUGCGCGACCAGUUACCAAGGGUAAGCUUUUACGUCCUGGCGGUCCCAAUGGGGGUCCUUCCAAGCUCAGUAGCAAUCGGCCCAACGGUACUUCUCGGCGACCUGUACCGACACCUCAAGCUCUUCCUACAGCGACUCCACAGCCAGCAGCAGUCCAGCCUCGUAUCGUGCCCCAACCGGUUGCAAACGUUGCGGCUUCGCAUAACCGUACACCGUCCCAGGCUUCUGUCCGCGCUCCUCCACCACCACCUCCGGCGCCUCCCGCAGCGGCUCCAGCAGCUCCCAAGAAACCUUCCGCCAAGGUGUUGUACGAUUUCUCUAGUGACCGGCCCAACGAGCUUACCAUCCAUGCGGGAGAAAUUAUCCAGAUAGUUUCCAAGGAAGGAAAUGGUUGGUGGCUAUGCAUGAACACAACCACAUCAGCCCAAGGCUGGACACCAGAAGCCUACCUUGAAGAAAUCGCAGUCGCAGCGGUCAAACCCGCUCCCCCUCCACCUCCCCCAGUCGCACCAAAAGCCGCUCCUAACGGCAAUGCCGUUGCAGCCGCAAAAGCCAAACCGGCGCCUCCAGCACCCCCAGCAAAGAGACCUAUCGCCGCCGGACGCAAGCCUCUUGCGCCGCCUACUCGCGACAGUGCUGUUAGCAUCAAUUCACAGGAUUCCUCUGGAGGUGCUAGUGGUCGCGCGACGCCCAAUAGUAGCUCUAAUGCUAGUUUGGCGGGCGGUUUAGCCGAAAUUUUGAGACAGCGACAAAGCGCUAUGCGUCCUUCGAAUGAGGAAGAGGAUGACUGGUGA